GAUGAAAGUUUUGAUUCCAUGUUGGGACAAAUGAUAAUUAAAAUCAAUGGCAAGAGAUAUCUCGCCACUAAAACUCAGAUGAGAGAUCCCACAGAAUGAGGCAACAAGAGAGUGGGAGGCGAGUGGCAUGCUACUUGGCGUUGACUUUCCAACAAUAGAGGGGAGGGCGAGCACGUCUUUUCAUAAUGCAGAGUUGCAGACAGAGAGUAGUAAAUUCUUCGACGAGUUUGUUUUGUUUGUCAACAAUGGCUUUCUCCUCUGCACCUCGUGUAUUGAAGUAUGACGUAUUUCUCGGCUUCAGAGGGGAAGACACAAGAAAAACCUUUGUUAGCCAUUUAUACGCAGCCCUUGAUCGCAAACGAAUCGUUACCUUCAAAGAUGACCAAAGGCUUGAGAUAGGCGAUCAUAUUUCCGACAAACUCCGCAGAGCCAUAGAAGUUUCGAGGUUUGCUGUGGUAGUUCUCUCAGAGAACUACGCUACUUCAAGGUGGUGCUUGAUGGAACUCCAACUGAUAAUGGAGCGUAUGAGUCAUGGGAAAAUUGAUGUCUUCCCGGUCUUCUACAGAGUAGAUCCCUCUGCCGUGAGACACCAGCGAGGAAACUUCGCUUUAGAUAGCCACCGAAGUCGAGAAACGGCAGAUACCAUUCUUCGAUGGGGAGAAGCUCUUAACCUAAUCGCCAGUCUUACCGGCGUUGAUUCCGAAACCUGCAUUGAUGAGGCUAUAAUGGUUGAAGGGAUCGCCAGAAAUAUUGCAAGACGUGUGACAUCGAUGCAUAAAAUAGAUUCCAAGAAUAUUUUUGGGAUGAAAGCUCAACUGGAAGGUCUGAGUCCUCUCUUGGAUCUGGAAUCCGAUGAGGUUCGUGUGAUAGGAAUCUGGGGGAUGGGAGGCAUUGGGAAAACUUCCAUUGCCAAGUGUCUCUAUGACCAGCUCUCACCUAAAUUUACAGCUCGCUGUUUCAUAGAGAACAUUAAGAGUAUUCGUCAAGACCAUGACCAAGAUCUAAUGCAUUUACAAAAACUAGUGCUCUGCAGUAUUCUUCAGGAUGAUAUUGGCGUGAGGAGUGUGGAAGCUGGAUACCGUCAGAUAAAAGCCACACUUGGGCACCGAACGGUGUUGCUUGUACUUGAUGGUGUUGAUAAAGUGGAGCAGGUGCAUGCCCUAGCAAAAGACACAAAAUGGUUUGGUCCUGGGAGCCGAAUCAUCAUAACCACCCGAGACAUGGGCUUGCUCAAUACUUGUGAAGUGAAAACAGUUUACAAGGCCAUGUGCUUGGAUGCUAAGGAUUCCCUCCAGAUGUUUAACCAUAUUGCUUUUGGAGAAGGACUUCCGCCUCCUGAUGGUUUUGAACAACUUUCAGUCAGAGCUUCUCGGCUUGCACACGGGCUUCCUUCUGCACUUCAAACCUACGCUUUAUUUCUCCGUGGAAGGAACGCAACUCCUGAGCAGUGGGAAAAAGCAUUAAGUGAACUCGAAAGCAGCCUUAACGAGAACAUAAUGGAGAUCUUGAAAAUUAGCUACGAGGACUUACCAAAAGCACAUCAGAAUGUAUUGCUUCAUGUUGCAUGUCUCUUCAAUGGAGACACUAUCCAGCGUAUCACUUCUCUUCUUGAUGGUUCCAGACCUGAGAGAAGCUGAUAAGAAU